AUGAGUGGAAUGUUGAAGCUAUCGAGCGCCCUGACCAAGGGUCUCGCCAACCCAUCGGCACUGAACAAAGUUGGCCUACCGGCUAUUACUCAACGGCUUCUGCAUUACACACCAAGCAGUAGCUUUACCAAAGUAACUGAUGGAAUCUCUACCAAUUACCCAGUUGUUGAUCAUACCUACGAUGCAGUGGUUGUUGGUGCUGGUGGUGCUGGUCUCAGAGCAGCAUAUGGUCUGGUUGAAGAAGGUUUCAAAACAGCUGUUAUUACAAAAUUAUUUCCUACAAGAUCGCAUACAGUUGCUGCUCAAGGUGGUAUCAAUGCAGCUCUGGGAAAUAUGGAGGAAGAUCAGUGGCAAUGGCACAUGUAUGAUACUGUCAAAGGUUCUGACUGGCUAGGAGAUCAAGAUGCCAUUCAUUACAUGACAAGAGAAGCACCAAAAGCUGUUAUUGAAUUAGAGAAUUGUGGGAUGCCAUUCAGUAGAACUUCAGAGGGCAAAAUCUAUCAACGCGCCUUCGGUGGACAGUCGCUGAAAUUCGGCAAGGGUGGUCAGGCGCAUCGAUGCUGCUGCGUAGCCGAUCGUACGGGUCACUCGCUCCUGCACACCCUGUACGGUCAGUCGCUGAGCUACGACUGCAACUACUUCGUCGAGUACUUCGCUCUGGAUCUGUUGAUGGAGGAUGGCGAGUGUCGCGGCGUGAUCGCCCUCUGCCUCGAGGACGGUACUCUGCAUCGCUUCCGCGCCAAGAACACCGUGCUGGCUACCGGUGGCUACGGUCGCGCCUACUUCUCGUGCACGUCGGCGCACACCUGCACCGGCGACGGUACCGCUAUGGUCAGCAGGGCCGGACUACCCAAUCAAGAUCUCGAGUUUAUCCAGUUCCAUCCUACUGGAAUCUACGGCGCCGGUUGCUUGAUUACUGAAGGCAGUCGAGGUGAGGGUGGUUACUUGGUAAACAGCGAGGGUGAACGUUUCAUGGAGCGUUACGCUCCAGUGGCUAAAGAUCUUGCCUCGCGAGACGUCGUCUCGCGAUCAAUGACCAUCGAGAUCCGCGAAGGUAGAGGUGUUGGACCCGAGAAGGAUCACAUUUACUUGCAGCUCCACCAUCUUCCCCCAGAGCAGUUGGCCGCCAGGCUCCCAGGUAUCUCCGAGACAGCUAUGAUCUUUGCUGGUGUCGAUGUAACUCGUGAGCCCAUCCCCGUUUUGCCGACGGUGCAUUACAACAUGGGUGGCAUCCCUACAAAUUACCGGGGACAAGUUCUCACGAGGAAGAAUUGCGAAGACGUUGUUGUGCCUGGUCUCUAUGCCUGCGGUGAAUCGGCCUGUGCCUCUGUGCACGGUGCUAAUCGUCUCGGUGCCAACUCGCUUCUCGAUCUCGUUGUUUUCGGUCGCGCCUGCGCCAAAACCAUCGCCGAAGAAAACAAGCCCGGCGAGAGCAUCGGCUGCUUGUCGCAGAACGCUGGUGAGGAGUCAGUGGCGAAUCUUGACAAGGUUCGCUUUGCUAAAGGCAACAUCUCGACAGCCGAAUUGAGAUUGCAAAUGCAAAAGACUAUGCAGACUCAUGCUGCAGUAUUCAGACAGGCCGACACUCUCCAAGAAGGUUGCAAGAAGAUGACUGAUCUGUACAAAAAAUUGGACGACAUCAAGACAACUGACAAGUCGAUGAUCUGGAAUUCUGAUUUGAUUGAAACUUUGGAAUUGCAAAAUCUCAUGAUCAACGCCAUGCAGACCAUCUACGCAGCCGAGAAUCGCAAAGAAAGUCGUGGUGCUCAUGCACGAGAAGACUUCAAAGACCGUAUUGAUGAGUACGAUUACAGUAAGCCUAUUGAAGGUCAAACAGCUAAACCCGAAGAACAACACUGGAGGAAGCACACUCUUACCGAUUGCGACCCACAGACAGGCGAGGUCAAUAUUCACUACAGACCAGUCAUCGACAAAACUCUUGACGAGAAGGAAUGCAACACAGUACCACCUGCAAUUCGUUCCUAUUAAACUCAUUAACCAAGGAAACUAUUUUAGAUAGUUUUUAUCCACUUGAGGUUUACUUGGUGAAUAAAUCUGACAACAUCUUUCAACCUUGAAAAAUCGUUCUGAAGAAUUACACGUACAAUCAAAGUAAAAGAUCACAACUUUUCCUCCCUAGUUAAAAGAAUUAAAACGACAAAGUUAGUUAAGAAUUCAAACUUGAUAAAAUUUGUUUUUUGAUGUACCAAAGUACAAGAUUCUUACACUUCUAUAAUCACUUUCUUUUUAUGUAAAAAACACUUGAAGAACGUGAUAGUUUUUAUCGAAAAAAGUUUAAAAUUAUUAAAAAAAAAAAAAAAAGAUUUUUGGUACAGGAUGAAUAAAAUCUAUUGCAAGACUUAGCCUUAGAAAAAAUAGCUAUUCUUACAAUGUAAGCAAGACCUUCAACGACAUUUAAUUUAUUAUGGACUUACAAUAUAUUAUUAUUGUGGGGCUAUUUUUUAAUCAAGGUUGUUGUGCAGUAGAACUCAGCUUAAUUUGUUCGAAAACGACGAUGAAAAAUUUUUCAUUAUGAAGCGGCAUUAUACUUAAAAAUCCGCAAGAAUGCGUUAAACGCGACUUUCGAAGAUAACAUCAAUCAUUUAAAUAGUUAAGAUGUCUCUUCGCUAUAAAACAUUUUUUAUUGUCACGAAAGAGUUGCUACAGUUGUAAAUAAAAUUGAAAAUACCUUUUGUAAAGCGAAAAUUCUCUUUUGUGUGUAAAAGUCAAUGUAAGAUUUGUUAAAAGGUGAAUGUUUGCAGUGUACAUUUGUCCAUUACUAUCAUUAAAGUUACUGAUUUGAUUAUUUUUUAUUCGAAAAAUAUAUGAACACUGAUCAUGAUCAUUUUGAUUACUGUUUCUGUGAACAUUAUUGAAAAAAUACGAAAAAUAUCAAAUAUGCAUAAUAAAUCAUGGUUAGUUUUACUGUAUGGGCAGAAUGUAGUGUAUGGUACACAAGAGUAUGAACUUGAAUACCUAAGAAUAAAUACGUUAAUAUACACCUUUGAA